AUGAAAUUACCUCUACUUUUCAUCGUUGGCUCGUUAUCGAUUUCAUAUGGAACUCCAGUGAAAGAAGAGAUGAUUCAUGUGAAUCGGGUGCUCGACAAUCAGCAAUACAUUCGACCAUGUUACUUCACAAAUUGGGCUCAAUACAGACAAGGCCGUGGGAAGUACGCUCCCAGCAAUUAUGUGCCCGGCUUGUGCACUCAUAUACUUUAUGCUUUUGGGUGGAUGAACGCGGAUUACACAGUGAGAGCCUAUGAUGACUCGGAUUUACCAUCGGAUUGGGGAGGCCCAGGACAGUACGCAUUGGUAAACCAAUUGAAGACGAUCGAUCCGAACCUGAAAACUCUUCUCUCGUUUGGUGGAUGGACUUUCGGAACAAGUCUCUUUGAGGGAAUGUCCUCGAGUCCAACAAACCGUGCAACUUUCAUCAACUCUGUUCUUCGUUUCGUGCGACAGUAUAACUUUGAUGGGAUUGAUAUAGAUUGGGAAUACCCGACAAAUCACAUGGCUCAAUAUACUGCUGUUAUGCAGGAGUUGCGCCAAUCAGUGGAUGCUGAGGGACGGCUUUCCGGAAAGCCGAAAUUGUUGAUGACUGCAGCUGUGGCAGCUGGUGCUAGCAAUAUGGACGGAUACGAUGUCCCAAAUAUUGCCAAUGCUCUCGAUUUCAUUAAUUUGAUGUCCUAUGAUUUUUGGGGUGCUUGGGAUGGUGAGACUGGAAUGAAUUCUCCACUUUAUGGAAGAGCUGGAUUGUCUGCUGAUAAACAAAAGUGGAAUACGGAUUGGGCAGCAAACGAAUGGGCUCGACGAGGAAUGCCCAAGAACAAGAUCGUCAUCGGAAUUGGCCCGUACGGGAGAGGAUGGACGCUUGCUAAUCCAAACAACAUCCAACCGGGUUCCACCGGCAAUUCUCCAGCUCCCGCACUCCCAUACUCACAACAAGCUGGCAUCGCGACUUAUUAUGAAAUUUGUGAAAUGUUGGCCCAAGGAGGGAAAAGAUAUUGGCAUAGCGAGCAUCAAGUGCCCUGGUUGGUCUAUCAGAAUCAAUGGUGGAGCUAUGAUGAUGCAGAAUCAGUUAAAAACAAAUGUGAUUACAUUAAAGCCAACGGAUUUGGCGGUGCAAUGGUUUGGGCACUGGAUUUGGACGAUUUCAAUGGUCAAUGCUCAAACGGUGGUGGAGUCGUUUUCCCGGUGAUUGGGACGAUUGCAAGGGAAUUGGGCGGGCAAAUCAUUCAUGGCAAUACUGGAACGAUGCCUCCAAUCACGAAAGGACCCCCACAAACACAACCGACUCAAGGGCCCCCACCAACCGGCUCUGGACCUUUCUCGUGUAAUGGUAUCCCUGACGGUUUCUAUUCUGAUCCAGCUGAUUGUACGGGUUUCUAUCGAUGUGUCAAUGGUCAACCAAAUCAUUUCACUUGUCCAUCGGGCACUUAUUGGCAUGAGGAUCAAUUGGAUUGUGAUUAUGGGAAACCGACAAGUGGAUGUAAA